CUUAUCUAUGACCGGACAGCCUGUCGCGCGAUGACGAGAAUAACUACAGUGGGAGGAUCUGGUCGCCCAGUGAAUAUCCUUCUGGUGGGCUUGGGAUCUAUAGGUUCCGUCUAUGCUUUCUUGCUGGAGAGAUCAGGUAGAGCCAAAGUCACAGCGAUCGCUCGAUCAAAUUAUAAGCUGUAUGCAGAACAUGGCAUCACGCUAAAGACUAUACAUGGGACAUUUGAGAAUUGGAAGCCAUACCGCGUCUUCAGAAGUCAAGAAGAGGCGUUGUCCGGGAACGUCUACUACGACUAUUGCCUCAACUGUACAAAGUAUCUCCCAGACGUCAUCACAACCCCUAAACUUCUAGCACCGGCCAUUGCGAGUCGUAAAAUUGGAGCAUGGGUUUUGAUACAGAAUGGUCUCGGUGUCGAAGAGGAGCUGUACCAGGCUGUCAAGGACCAAGAUACUCCGCUAAUCUCUGGAGUAGCCUGGAUCGGUAUCAUGACCUCACCCGAUGGUCGCGUCGUCACUUGGGCAUCCAAGGACACCCUCGUUCUCGGCACCUAUCCUCCUCUGAGGCCGCCUAAAGAAUCUCAAGAUCGGCAAUUCACCUCAGAAGAGCUGAGCACUCGUGAUGACUUUGCAGAAAUCGUCAGAUCGGGUGGAGGAGAUGUUCACACAGAGGACCGGAUUACAAGUAUCAGAUACGCAAAGAAUGUGAUUAAUUGCGCUUGGUCGACCAUGGAAGGGCUUAUGCGCACCACUCCGCAUACGCUAGAAGAUCUGGAUGAGUCUCACAGAGAGCCUUUGAAGCAAUUCAUACGCGAAAUCGUUACCACUGGUUUCAAAUCCGGAUUACUGGACGAAGAUCAGCUGCUAUACCCUGACAGGUCCACCACAGGCACCGCCGAACAGCUGGCUGCACGGGUAUGGUCCUCAAUUUAUGAAGCGUCUUGCCAGAAGUACCACGUUGGGGCCGCGCCACACAGGAUGAGUCUGCUGGUGGACUUGGAAAUGGGUCGGCCUUUCGAAGUGGAGGCGAUCGAAGGCUCUGUGCUGAAGCUGGCAAAAGAGUACGGUGUCUCAACACCUUUGCUGGCGUACUCAUAUGCGCUGCUGAAAGGCAGUCAGCUAGAGACCCUUCGAAAAUUAGAUGGCAGGGGAGCAAAGCAGUAACUCUUUCUUUCCAAUGCUACGUAGCAUUGCCGCGGGUGUUGGUGCUAGAUUAUGAAUUUGCAUGACGGCCCCGAACAUAUCGCAUGCAUUCUGCAAUUGGGUC